AUGAGAACAUGUAGUUUAUGCAACAAAACCACUGAAGCGAAUGGUCUAUCCCUAACUCACUUUGGUGAAUGGAUGGAAAAGAGAGGAAUGCGUGUACACUAUUAUUGUUUGUUGUUGUCAACUCAUUUGCCACAACGUGGAAAAGAUCGUAGUGGUAUACUAGGUUUCCUUAUGCGCGAUAUACGUCAAGAAAUAGCUUUGGCACAGACGCGCGAGUGCAAAUAUUGUUUUGAGAUGAGCGCCUCCAUACAGUGUUGUACAUGUAAGAAAUAUUUUCAUUUGACUUGCGGUCACACCAGCAGAUGCCUAUCGCAAUUUUUGGGGGAAUUUAAAUCAUACAGCCAUGACUGCGUGCCGGUCGAUCAAUAUGAAAUAGAACUAUUCGCACGUAGGCCAUCGCAAACAACAGAGGUGUGCUUUAUAUGCAAGCAAAUUAUGCUACAAAAUGCGACUCGUUGGAUAUAUUCGAAAUGUUGUGGCAGCGGUUUUACGCAUUCCAAAUGCAUGAAAACAUAUGCUCUAAGUGCUGGUUAUUAUUUGUCGUGUAUUUGGUGCAAGGAUAAAUGCUUUCGUGAGGAUAUUAAGUACCAGGGAGUGUUUGUGCCAGAUCGUGAAGCCAAUUGGGAAAAAGAAAAAGGAGCAUAUGUUUAA